AUGACGUUACAGACGUGUAUGAAAAAGCCAAGUUUAGCUGAAGUGAUGGAUGAGCUACAAAGCCGUUUUCUAGUAAAUUUACCCGAGUCGGAGCUCGUUUCCAGUGAGCGUCUCUUCUUCCAGAUUGAACAAUGCUAUUGGUUCUACGAGGACUUUUAUGCGGAUCAAUACGCACAUUUACAGCACGUCAAAUUGAAUGAUUUUGCUCGUCAAAUGUUUGCACAUUGUCCAUUACUACGACCACUUGCUCAUCGUUGUGACGAGCUCUUUCAGGACUUUAAAACGUAUCAACGUCAAGUGCCUGUAGUGGGCUGUAUUCUGCUUAAUACGAAACGUACAAAGCUUGUACUCGUACGUAACUGGAAAGGAACGAGUUGGACGUUUCCAAGGGGAAAAGUCAAUGAAGGAGAGUCGGACUUGGAGUGUGCACGACGAGAAGUAUUUGAAGAAUGCGGCUACGAUGUUGGAGAUAGACUCGAGUCAAAGCAGCACUUGGAAUUUGUAGCUAAUGAUCAGCGCAUGCGGAUGUACAUGUGUCCUGAUGUACCAGAAGACUAUGCGUUUGCACCGCAGACACGCAAAGAGAUUAGUACGAUCGAAUGGUUUACGUUUGAUGCACUGCCUAAGAAGACGUGGAGUGUUAUGCCUUUCAUGCCGAGGUUGAAACGAUGGGUAAAGGGACACAAGAUGACCAAGAAGAAGAGCUGUAGUGCUGCUAUAAAUAGCACAGGCCGUGCAUCUUCUGUGCCUCGCAAUAGACCACUGAUGUCGAGCACGAACGGUGGGGCAGUCCAGCAACGCACAGCGAGCAUUUGUGGCAAGAAGAAGACUUAUUUGCAAGAGAGGUCAAUUUCGACUCCGCACAAUGACAGACCAGCUGCUGGCAAUUUGAAGAAGACUAAUCGCGGCCACUUUGGUACAGAAUGUGACACUGCCACCUCCUACGACGGCUUAAAUGGUGAGACGUUUGGCAAUGCGAAGAAGGGCUUCAGCGUCGAAGAGAUGUUUAAUGUGAACGAACGCCUGACAGGGCGAAAGUUCGAGUACGAUGGCAACCCACAUGAUUUCGGCAAACCGACAUUGCAUCCAACUGCAUCACAAGCUGCCGCUGCACUAUUUAAUGCAAAGGGCCCGAGACCAGUGCGAAUUCUUACGCGACGUUUGUCAGCGCCGUUAAAGCGUGUGGAAGAGGAGACAUGUCCAUCCCCCAGUCCACUACGUCAAUCUGCAGGCUCGACGCCGUUUGGGUAUUUCCAGUUUGACGCUGUGGACAUCAUGGCUGUCGUGACGUAA